AUAUAAUAUGAAAGCCAUUUUACUAUUAGUUCUUUUGGCAACAGGAUUGGCAACAGAAUCAUUUUUAUAAACUUCUCAAGAGUUUAAAGAGAUGGAGUUAACUUAAAGCCAUUUUUAGGAUUUCCUAUUUGGUUAUGCCUUAGGUAAAUUUAUAAAAGCGAAUAUUAAGGAAUUGGAUUAUUGGAUGCAGUUCCUGAUGUAUUAGAUUGUGUAAAUACAGUGACAGGAUUCAAAGAUUAAUUUUAAUAAGCAAUAGAAGAUUUGAAAACUAAAGACUUAGAACAUAUUGUAUCAGGAGUGUAAAUAUUCGCUAAACUAUUUGAUGGUGUAGCAAGUAAUUGUGGAGAUACUACAAUUGAAGUAGUGACAAGCUAUUAAAAUUUGAUGGCUAGAAUUAAAGGUAUAGAUAUUUGAAAUAUUUAAUAAGCAAAGGGAUUUAUUAAAGAAGGAUGGAUUAAUAUAGGUAAAAAUUUAGAAACUGUGGUUGAUGAUAUUUAAUAAUUCUUUUUCUUAGGUGAUGAUGAUUGGAUGUUGAAAGGUGCCUAUGUUGGAGAUAUUGUAAAGAUCUAUGUUACUGGAGUACCAAAUGAUAAAUGAUUUAUGAUAAAAAUUGAAUAACAUAAAAAUAUUCUCAUUUUUGUUCUUGUUAUUAUUUGUUGAUUAAUAUUUAUUGCUCUUUACAGUUUCUUAAUUUUUAAAAAGGGACCACUUGUAUAUUUUUAUUGAUAAUACAGGAAAAUUAGUAAUUUCAAAUGUUGUUAGAGAAAACAGAACUUUUUCUAUAAUUUUACUUAAAA